AGAUGAAAUGCCCAUUAUCGCUGUAAUGGUAGCCCUCUCGUCACUGUUGGUCAUCGUAUUUAUUAUUAUAGUUCUGUAUAUGCUGAGGUUUAAAAAGUACAAGCAGGCUGGAAGUCAUUCAAAUUCUUUCAGGUUAUCCAAUGGCCGAACAGAUGAUACAGAGCUCCAGAGCAUGCCACUGCUUGCCAGGUCUCCAAGCACCAAUCGAAAGUAUCCGCCACUAUCUAUUGAGAAAUUGGAAGAGGAAGCUAAUCGACGAAUGGCAGACGACAACAAACUUUUCAGAGAAGAAUUUAAU